AUGGAUUCAUCCACCACAAUAUGUCCUGUUUGCACUCUGUUUCUGAGACCAGGCAUAACUUUGAAGCAACAUUUGACUUCUCAUCCCAAACAGAAAGUCAUAGAGGCAUUGGUGAAGCUAGCAAGUGUAGAAGAACAGCCAAAAAUACAAAAUCCUCCAGUUCCAAGUUCACCACAGCAAACACAUCCAGGUACUAGUCAGGCAAACUCAUCAAUAUUGAAUCAAUCAUGGAAUCAGCCAACGCCAGUGCAAUUGGGCCCUCCCCCAAAUGUAACUCCUGUACAUGGAAAUCAUGUUUUCAUUUAUCAACAAAGUAUGAGUACAACUUCUCCCCAGGGAAAUGUGCUACAAGUAAAUCCUCUAUCCCAGCAGUAUCUGUAUCAUCCUCCAAUUUAUAACCCUCAAAUGAUGCCAUACGUGUAUCAACAACAGCAGGUUAUUUUGUCAAGUAAUUCUUUGCAUCCUCCCCAAAUGAGGGCACUACCAUUUGAAUUACCCAAUGUACCUCCACCUCCAGAGGGGAUUAUUGUGGAGGAUGACGACGAAAACAAGAAAGAAGAAGAUAGUGAGGUUAAUAAGGAAAGUAUAGAUUUAACAUCAAAAGAAGAAACGAGAGUCGAGGAGGAAGAAGAAAAUGUUCAACUUGAACCAUCCAAGAAAAAUGCAGUAAGUGAGGUGAAAACUGUGGAAGAUUUUGAAAGUGAACAAGCAGAAUUAAAUGAUAUACCUCCUGACGAAUAUGUAGAUAGUGCUGGUGAAGAAGAUUGUGCUCCAGAAGAGGAGAAUAUUGAAUCAAAAGAUUUUGUUGAUUCCCCACAUUCACACCAUUCAGAAUGGAAGACUGAUUCAGAACUUAGUAAAGCAUGUCAAACUCAAAAUGCGCCUAGCAAUUCGCCAUUACCCCUGAUCGAACCUCAAGAGCCAGUACCUGAGCAUAGACGUAAUUUUGUAGAAAUGGGCCAGACAGAAUAUUUCUAUUUGAAUCCCCAAAAUAAUCACUAUCAAGAAAACUUCCAUACCCCAACUACAAGCAAUGUAUCAGUGGCCUACACAACACACAAGGAACCUGAAAAUUAUGAACAAUCGGAACCUAUUUACACUUCUGCUAAUAUAUUGCACGGAAAUGAUCACAUGGAUUUUGUUAAUUUGGAUGAUAUUGUUAUCAUAGGCGAUUUUACGACAAAUCCAGUGGCUUCACAUGUGGAAAAUUUCGAAAAUCCGAUUCACGAUAGACCUACGACUCUAAUGACUAUCGGGGAAAUACAAGAACAACCAAAGGUUGACUACGAAAGUCAUCGAAAAGUCGAUGAUUAUGAACAUCCCAAAAUCGAUUAUGAACAUCCAAAAAUCGAUUAUGAACAUCACAAAAUUGAUUACACAGAACAUACAAAAAUUGAUUAUGACCAUCCAAUAAACGAUUACGAACAUCCAAAAAUCGAUUAUGCAGAACAUCGAGACUUGGAAGAGAGCAUGUCCCGUGGAAGUUCUCAUGUUAACAUAAGAUCAGACGAAAGAAUGCCUGCAAGAGGUGAGCUUUCUGGACAGGAGAGUUUAGGGGGGAGCAGUGAUAUCACUUGGAAUAGACUCCAAUAUCAAGAAUGUAACUCAAGAAUGUCUCAUCCUUAUGAAAUGAUAGGAAGGGAGUCUUGGGAUGCUUCCGAUAGUGAAAGUUUUGAUACGCCAUCGUUGAAAAGGCAAAACGUCACUCAGGUAUCUUGUGAACCAAAUGAUUAUGAUAAUGAUGUACCUACAAUAAUUAGUUACACAGGUCCACCUCUUAAUUUUAAAUGUUCUACAUGUGGGGAAGAUUUCGCAACUUCUAAGGAUAGGAAGGAACAUGAAAUGGAAAAACAUCCAGAAAAAUCUAAGAGAAACGUAAUAGGAAGUGAAAUAGGGAAAAAGACUGUCAGAAAAUUAGUUAUCAAAGCCAAAACCACGAAGACUAAAAGUGAACCUAAUUUUGAUAACGUAUUUACAAACAAAUUAAAAUUAGAGAAUCCCGUUGAGUUGAAAAGUGAUGCAAUAGUUGUAGAAGCUUCUGUUAAAGUUGAUGAUCCCAUAGAAAUAACAGAUAUCAAAAUGAUAUGCCCUCUGUGCGAUUGCGUUUUGGAUAGUGCAAAAAGUCUCAAGAAACACAGAUUAGAAGUCCACAAACAAAGUAACUUGACUAGGCACAAAUGCCUGACUUGUGGAGAUAUCUUCCAAAAUGAAUACAAAUACACGGAACACUUGAAAAUUCAUCCGCUAGAGUGUAGACUGUGCGGCAAACUGUUCUACAGGAAGCAGAAUAUUAAGUUGCACAUGAAGCGACAUCUGGGGUUGAAGCCUUACAAAUGUGACAUUUGCGAAAAAUCAUUUAUUACAAGACAGAAACAUGACGAACAUAAAAAUAUUCAUACAGGUGAGGCCCCUAUAAACUGCAACUUCUGCGAUGAGAAAUUCAGGCGACAUUCCAAUCUAGUCCAGCAUCGCAACCGGCACCACUUUAUGUUGAAGAAGAAGGUUAAGGAUUACAUCUGCCAGUGUGGAGAAGUAUUCCAUUCCAAGAAAAAACUAGCUUGGCAUAAGGAAAUCCACGAUUCCAAGCCGAAGGCGUGCACCCAUUGCAGCGAAAAGUUCCUUCAUAUGUCAAGUUUGACGCGGCACAUGCGCAGAGCACACAACGACAAGUUCCUACCUGAAGAAACGCGACAGAACGAGAACGUCGAAUGUCCUAUUUGCAAAGGAGUAUAUUUGAGGUCUUCCUUAGACGUUCACAUAAAGAAUCACAGCGGUACUAGGCCUUACACGUGCUUGAUGUGCAAUAAAGACUUUACCACUAAAUGGAAUCUCAAGUUACACAAGUGGACUCACGCCAACAGAAAUUCGAAGCCCUUCAAGUGCGAUCAGUGCAAGGGGGCUUUUAUCCGAGAAUCCGACUAUACAGCUCACAUGAAUUCUCAUAAAAGUGUCCGUCCGUACACUUGUAAUUAUUGCGGAGCGCAGUUCAUUAGAAAAUACAAUUGUCUACGCCAUGUCAAAGAACACGAGAAUGAUAAAACGUUUAAUUGUACUGUGUGCGGUAAGUCUUUCCAUCGAUCGUACUAUCUCAAAGACCACAUGCGGGUACAUAGCGGCGUUAGACCUUACACUUGUCAUAUAUGCGGUAAGACUUCCACGACGAAGUCAAAUCACAAUAAACACGUACAAAUACAUCAUGCACGAGAGCCGGUUAGUACUGAAAAUUAG